AUGACAAAGCGAAAGAGAGCAUCCUCAAAUCAAAACCCCAACGAUGUUUGUGGCUUUUCCACUCUUGCCGGAACCUUCUUCAUUCUCUUCCUGCUCUGCCUCUGCCUUUUAUGCUCCACCAGGAACCAACUCGCUCAAUACCUCCUGGGCCCCACCACAAUCCACCCCAACACGACAACCUCCAAGGUUGUCGUCGACCCUCCCGACGAAACCUUCUACGACGACCCACAACUGAGUUAUUCCAUCGAAAAACCCCUCGAGCAAUGGGACGAGAAACGAAGCGAGUGGUUGCGCCUUCACCCUACCUUCGCCGCUGGAGCGCGUGACCGGAUUCUCCUCGUCACGGGGUCGCAACCGUCGCCAUGCAAAAACCGCAUCGGCGAUCACUUGCUACUGAGAUGUUUCAAGAACAAGGUCGAUUACUGCAGGAUCCACGGCUGCGAGGUCUACUAUAACAACCUGCACCUGCAGCCCAAGAUGGACUCUUAUUGGGCCAAACUUCCGGUGAUCCGGUCCACAAUGAUGGCCCACCCGGAAAUUGAGUGGAUCUGGUGGAUGGACUCCGACGCUGUGUUCACCGACAUGGAGUUCACGGUUCCUUUGGAACGUUACAAGGACCACAACCUGGUGGUCCACGGUUGGGCUAACAUGGUGUACAGUGACAACGAGAACAAGAGCUGGACUGGGCUUAACACGGGGGCUAUGCUGAUUAGGAACUGCCAAUGGUCCAUGGAGUUGUUGGACGUGUGGUCCAAAAUGGGCCCAUCAAGUCCGGACUAUGAGAAAUGGGGAAGGGUGUUGAAAUCCAUGUUCAAGGACAUAGUUUUCCCGCUCCCAAAUGACCAAUCGUCACUAAUUUAUUUGCUUUAUAAGGAAAGAAGAAAAUGGGGUGACAAGACGUACUUGGAAGAAGACUAUUACUUGGAGAGUUAUUGGAUAGGCAUGUUGGGGAGGUUUGAGGCUGUGAAUGAUGGGUAUGAAAAGAUAGAGGAGGAAGUGAGGGGUUUGGGGAGAAGGCACGCGGAGAAGGUGAGUUUGUGGUACAGUGAGUUGAGGGAAGGUUACCUUAAAAAGAUAGGGUGGGUGCCCUUGAGCAAAGGGAGGAGACCCUUUGUGACACACUUCACUGGGUGCCAACCUUGUAAUGGGGAACAUAACCCUGAUUAUGAUGGCAACACUUGCUGGAAGGAGAUGGAGAGGGCUUUGAAUUUUGCGGAUAAUCAGGUGCUUCGUAACUAUGGUUUUAUGAGGAAGGAUUUGUUGUCCUCGUCUGUGUUUCAAGUCCCGUUUGACUUCCCGCGGUAUGAUGGGCAUUUGUUGUCUUGA